GUUUUUGACUUUGUGGCCUGGCAACGAGAAGAGGCUUUACCAAACAUCAGUGGAUGUUUAAACGAGCAGCCGCUAGCUGCUAUACUUUUCUGGAACUACUGACACGUUCGAACCGAACCCCGCCAUGUCGUCAAGGACUCUGCCGCUGUUGUUUAUCAACCUCGGCGGAGAGAUGCUCUACAUUUUGGACCAGCGGCUCCGGGCGCAGAAUAUUCCCGCUGACAAGGCUAAGAAAGUUAUGAAUGACAUCAUCACCACCAUGUUCAACAAAAAGUUCCUGGAAGAACUUUUCAAACCACAGGAGCUUUACUCCAAAAAGGCCCUGCGGACUGUGUUCGACAGGCUGGCCCACGCUUCCAUAAUGAGGCUGAAUCAGGCCAGCAUGGACAAGCUCUACGACCUGAUGACCAUGGCUUUCAAGUAUCAGGUUCUUUUAUGUCCUCGGCCAAAGGACAUCCUCCUGGUCUCCUUCAACCACAUGGACGCCAUUAAGGACUUUUUGAAGGACACUCCUAGUAUUCUCAGUCAGGUGGAUGAGACGUAUCAACAACUCAUCGAGAUGUAUACUCCUCUGUCGGGGGGGGACUUCCAGCUCAUCCGACAAACACUUCUGAUCUUUUUCCAAGACAUGCACAUCAGGGUUUCCAUUUUCCUCAAGGACAAAGUCCAGAACUCCAACGGACGCUUUGUGCUGCCCACUAGUGGACCUGUGCCAUACGGAACACAAGUCCCAGGAUUAAUAAGGAUGUUCAACUGCACAGGAGAGGAAGUGAACAGGCUGCAGUUCACCAACGGAGGAAACUACACUGCUGCAGUACGGGAAGGUUCCUUUGAGAUCUUUGGAGACAGGUUCACCAAACUGGGCACCAACAUGUACAGUGUGAGUCGUCCAGUGGAAACACACCUGUCAGGAAAAUCCAAAAACUCUUCCCAGCACACCAAGGUCAGUGCUGCUCCAAACCCUCUGGCCAAAGAGGAGCUCAACCUGUUGGCCAGGUUGAUGGGAGGGUUAGAGGUCGACAGAGCAGGACACGUAGACAGCAGUUUCAGAGUCAACCUCUUCGCCACAGAUGAGGAAGAAGAGGAGGCUUCGUUAUCAAGACCAAACGAGCUCUCGUACGGAGUCAUCAAUAUCCAGGCGACAAAGGACCAACAGGCCAAUGCUGAACUGACCCGGAUCAUGGGGGAGUUCACAGAGUCCGGAGAUCAGUCUCCCAGCUCCAGCAGCAAAGGAGACGACCUCUUGGCCCUGAUGGACGGUCUGUGACGGGUCACGGAAACACGAAGGUCCAGAUGAUGGGAAACUGAUUUAUCAUCAGCCGUGGACUGCGGACCAGUCUGUGGACCAGUCGACUCUCUGUCUGUCUGUACAGUAGAACCAUUCAAACCACUGGCAGCGGUCAGGACGGUGGUCUGAUUGGAUCCUUCUCUGAAAGCAGAUGUGAGUCUGUGUAUCAGCUGGUUGUCAAAGAGAACAUAUCAGCGGGUGAGGAGUUUUUCUUUUUUUGCCAGAAGUACUGUAAAAAAAAAAAAGUUGCAUUAUAUUCAUAACGGUGGAACACUAUCAAUGUAUAAAUGCACUGGAAUACUGGUUCUGAUGCUGAUCCUAGAGUGAAAGAACCCCCCCCCCCCCCCGCACCCCUCACCCUUAAGUCUCACUGUGCAGAUACUUUAUUAUACGUAUAUUGUAAGUAUUGUUUGAGUUUUAGGGCGACGCGAGAAUAAGCAAAAAUUCCCAUUUCAUUCUCGGAAAACUUUGGCGCCCCCAAGAGGAUAUAGAUAACAGAGCAGAUUUUAAAAAUACAGUAACUAUGUUUACCUUAGAACAAGAGAAUAAGAAAAUGCACAAAAUUACACCAGAAAUGUCGUAUAGACAUAGGAAUAUUACAAAAAUGCACAACA